CUCACAGCACUGCAGCCCAGUCAAGUUCGUAAUCGUAACUAAAUUUGGCCAGGCUUCUUCAAAACAUACCAGCUUCCUUUGUCAGAGAGGCCUUCUGGGAACUUCUCAUCCCACUACUGAGUGAAUAUUAACGGCAAUGGAGAAAGAUCUGCUUAUUGGUGAUAAAAGCAUUACAAACUACGGAAGCGAUGAUCUUCUUUCCCCAAGGAUUGCACAAGGUACAUCUGGCCAUUCUUCUCCCUUUGAAGGAGCCUCUGCACCUCCUUAUGAGCUAAUGGAAAAAACACUUGCAGAUGAAAAGAAAAGUACAGAAGAUUCUGAACAUGUAUCUUUGCCUGGUUCACAUGAUCCACUGCCAAGUGAAGAACAUGAGGAAAUCCCUCCUCAUCUAAAAGACUGGAACAGCCUCUCUGCUUCUGAACAAGACAUUAAAGAAGCCUUUCGGCGGUAUGCAUCCAGUAAGUGUUGCUAUAGGAGUGCCCCUGCAAAGCAUAUGAAAGUCCGGAAUCUCACUCCUCUCAACACAUUCAGAUAUCGUCUGGAAACUUUCACUGAAACAAGAGAGACAUGUGUGGCCAGUGAGUUUUAUAAUGGUGGAUUUGUGGACUCUUCAGCUGUUGCACCACCACCUGCUCCAUGGGAAAUUAUGGUGGAUCCCCCUCCUCUGUUUACAGACUGUGAAAUGCAUCUCCCAAUACCACACUCCUAUUCAGUAGAGAACUGCCCAAACUGCAAAGGAUGUGGCGCAAUUAGGUGCCAGUCUUGUGAGGGCACUGGCAAGAAAAAAUGUUCGGCAUGUGGUGGUAGUGGAACCAAUACACUGGAAGGCGACAACAUCUGCUCGUGGUGUUCAGGAACAGGAGACAGUCACUGCUUCAGUUGUCGUAGCAAUGGGUGGCUGAAGUGUUACCGUUGCAGUGGGAAUGGUGUCUUGUUAUUUCAUACUGAACUUACAAUCACUUGGAAGAACAAUAUCUUAGAGCACCUGGCAGACAAGGAUCCCAAUUUUCCAAUUUACCUUUUACAGGAAGCAACUGGGGAAGAAAUACUUUGUGAUGAAAAUUUUUCGGUAUUUCCCAUUAUUGAUUUCCCAGAGACAUCCAUUGAAGACUAUUCACGAGCAUGUAUUGAACAACAUAGAAUGCAGUUAGCCUUAGGAAGUGUUCAUCAUAUCCUGAAACAGAAACAAACCAUUGAAUUGGUGCCACUCACAAAGGUGGAAUAUGAAUGGAAAGGGAAACUCUAUUCCUUCUAUGUUUUUGGUAAAGAGAAUAAGGUGUACACCAAAGGCUAUCCAGCAAAAUGCUGCUGUUCUGUCAUGUGACACAGGUCAACCAAUAGGACAUUCUGCUAUCAAGUGACACUGCCAACCACCCUUAUUUGUUUUUCACAUCAUCUUGCAGGAUUCCACCAUGCUGAGAGUUUUUUUCUCACGAUGAUACAUUAUUGACGUAUCCCUCCACAGGAGUACAUGGCUGAAAUUAUGUUGGGAUGCUCUUCACACAACUGUUUGCUUGGAUGCAAAUUGAGACACUGCAUUAUUACAUUAUUCCACAUAAUAUUCUUAAGUCAACUAUUUAGUUUCUUCUAUGCAGUACAUUAGAGUAUGCCUUUGUAACAAUACCAUAGACAUCUUGUUGACAAGCAAGCAGGACAUAAUGUACAGAACUCUGCAGUAAUUUUAAUUCCUCUUGUUAAAAUGUUUAAAUGGCUUCCAUCUCAACAACAGUGACAGAAGUACCUUCUUAGGAGCAGGAGUUGAAAGACAGGUCCCCCCCAAUGUUUCACUUACUAGAUUUUCCUGACAUUUCAGUGCCUUAUUUGUAAGACAUGCCAAUCUUUGAGCAACUUUUGUCCAGAUCCUGUUAAGUGCCAACAGAGUAUAAAACAUAUGUACUGGUGAUGUUCAACUUACAUAUUGGUGACCAUUCCAGGUCAGGGAAAAAGAGCAGCAAAGCCUUAAGACAUCUGUUUGCACUAUAGGUUGAAGAGGACCUACUUGUUUGAAGACAUACUAAAUACCUUCUUAUACAAGUAUGUUAAAAGUAUAACCUCUAGUACAGUCUGAAUUUAUGUUAGCAUAGAGUCCCAAGAAAAUUCUAUCCAAUAGAAUUCAGGGAGCCCUUUUAUGAAAUAUGUGUUUUUCACAAAUAAAACAUAAUUUAGCAGGGGGAAAGAAUGGAUUUUACACAAAAUGCAAUCUCUCUUUAUGGAAGCAAAUGUUUACAAAUAAUCCUUAAAUGAAAGAACUCUUUGCAAAAUGGGUUGAGACAUAUAAAGGCACUUUACUUUGGGUUGAGGAUGAGAAAAAGUGUGAAUAUUCUUUAAAUCUCAGUUUGAGAUUUUAGAGGAUCUUACUGCAUCUGUCAUGUUGCCUUGCCUAAGAUUAUGUAAUGGAAGAAUUCAAGGAAUAGUUGUGCUGAAAAUUGAAUCUGAAAGUGCAGCCAAAAUUGAGGUCCAAACAUGGUCAGCUUGUUCUAGGGUGGACGCUGUUUCUCCCAGUUUUGACUCAAUAGUACAAGCUCCCCACUUCUUUUGGUAAUGAGAAAGGUUCUCUAUGCCCCAGGGAAACAGAGGUCCUGUUGAGUUGGUGGAUCCAAGAAUAUUCAUGCCUUCUUCACAGAAAGCCUAUAGGGCAUGUGUGAGGUUCUUAUAUCAACUACUGCUUACAGGAGCACUGCCAAUGAUGACAGAAGUCCUGUUGGUUGGUCCCAAUUUGAGCAGAUUCCAUGAAUCAAUUCUUGAAUGAUGAGUCCAUAAACAAAUAAAUCGUGUUGAUUCAUUGGGUUUACUGUAGUCAGGCCACAUAAUUCAGACUAAUAUAUUUUUGUGUGUGGAACUUUCUAUAAACAGAGUGGCAUGUCCCCUCACUAGAGAAGACCAGUGGAAGGACCUUUGCCUAAUUCUAGACACCUCCAGCAAAGUGGAUCUAGGAUUAGGAUUAUGCUGACAGCUACCUAGUUUUGUGAUGAGCACCCAAACAACAAAGUCUCAACAUACUCCAUGUUAACCAAAAGAAUUAUCUGGACCUGAAGAAUUAUCUGAAGAAUUCAGGCCAUUCUGUAGGACAAGUUUAUUUCCAUGCAGUAAAACAGUGUUCUGCAUAACUGCGAAACCUCACCACCACAAAAAUGGAAGCAUCUGAAGCCCUUGCUCCUCUAAUGUUGGAGUUCCAAGAUUACUACAGACAAAAAGGGGUAGACUGUGAGGCCUGAUGUGGGAUUUAAAGUCUUUCAGUCCACUGAAUGUCCCCCAAACAGAGGGAUUUCCUAUGCCAAUCCUGGAACU